AUGGAACCUCUUUCCGCGGCCCCCCGCCGAAGCCCAGAUUCCUCCGCGCGCCCGCUGCAGCUGGGGGGCCGGGGAGGACAAGCGGGCAUUGGCGGAGGUGGCGGUAGGCUGACUGGAGGCGGGGGCGGGAUAGGAGUGGGGCUGGGGGGAGGGGCAGGGCGGAAGGGGUGGUCAGGUCCGCAGGGGAACGCGGGGAAGGGGAGGGAUGGCGGGGGAAAGGAGGGAUUCGGGGGGUGGGAUGAUGGGGGAGCGGGGUGGGAGCCGGAUUGGGAUGAUAUACCAGACGCGGAGGGGAUAUCGGGGGGGAGGGCAGAAAGGGGUAUUUCAGUGCGGGGGGUGGGGGCUGGGCGCACGGGGAUAGAGGGGCGGGGGCGUGGCGGAAGCGACGUAUCAAGAGGGGGUUUUCUGACGUAUUUCAGCAAUAGGAGACGGCUGAUCGCACUGGCGUGUAUGGCGCUGCUGGUGCUAGGCCUUGCCGGCGGUGUGUAUUGGUUGCUGCUGGGGCAUCAGGCAGAGGCAGAUAAGAAUAGCCUGUCACGAAUGCCCGAGCCGAAGCUUGGCGAUAGGGACGGGGAGGCUGUAGGAGGAGAGGCGAGGGAGGACGGCAGCGUUAGAGUUGGCGGGGAAGGGGACGCGGGGAACGAGAGUGGGGCAGGACGACCGGGGGAGGCGGGUGCGGAUGUGGGGGAGCCAUUCGGGGGAGAAGUGGUGGGGGGGGCGGGUAUGGGGAGAGAGGGGGAUGAGCGGGAGGGGUAUGGACGGGAUGAGGGGAUGCGAGGAAGGGGUCAAGGAGAAGAGAGAGAGGGAGCUGGGGAGUGGGAGCAGCGAAGAGAGGUUGAUAAAGGUGCUGACGAGAAUGGGUCGAUGGUAGAGAUAAGGGAGGAAGUUAUAGCGCGGGAGGGAGAGGGAGGGAAGAUGACGAGAGGGGAGGCGAUGGUGGAAGAGAUAAGGGAAGUGGAAGAAAGGAGGGGAGAGGGGGAUCUGGGUCGAGGGGAGAGGGACAGAGGUGAGGAGGAGAGGGAGGAGCGAGUGAGAGAGGGAGUGCGUGAGGAAGGCGCAGGGGAGGAGGCGAUGGGAGGGGACUUGGGCAAGGGCGAUUAUGGCGAUGACGCAGAGAGGAGCAUGGUGGAAGACGUGUUGGAUCGAGAGAGAGCGGACACAGAGAGGGAGGGUCAACCGCGUGAGGAGGAGGAGAGAGUGGACAGAGAGGAUGUUGAAGGGGCGAGAGAGAGUGUGAAGGCACGUGCAGAGGUGGCGAGGGGUGUGAGGGAGGGCGAUUCACCAGAGGGUAAUGUGGGGGAGGGGGAUAUGGCAGAGGUUGAUGUGGGGGAGGACGUACCUGAGCCUGAUGACGCGCAGACAGGAGGGAGGGUUGAUGAUGGAUCGAGAGAGGGAGAUGGGGAAGAGAGAGGAGGAAGAGGAGUGAGGGGGGAUGGUAGAGAGGAGAGUGAGGAGCGGGAUGGGAAUGAGGAAAGUGAGGAGCGGGAGGGUGGGUAUGGGGGGGAAGAAGGGGAAGUUAGGAAGGCAAGAAGAGGGCGUGGGGGACGACGUAGGGAGGGUGAAGACGAUGGGGAGGGGGAGGAGGGAAGAAAUGACGGUUCAGCAGAAAGGAGAGAUGAGGACAGGGGAGAGAGCGUGGAAGAAAGGGAGGGUGGGGAUGGCGACUAUCGAGUGCGUGAGAACGAUGGCUCAGGGAUGCAAGGAGUAGAGGAAGCGGAUGAGCUUAUAAUGGGGAUGGGAGGCGGUGAGAGGCGCGUGCAAAGGAAGAAGCGAGUUGUGGAAAAGGAGAGCAGGAAAGGAGAGAGGAGAGUGGUGGAGGAGGUUGAAAGUGACAUGUACGAUGGGGAUAUAGGAGAGGGGGGAGAGGUGAAGGAGGAGGACGGACAGGAGGAAGAAGAGAGGAGGGCAAUGGGAAACGAAGAGAGUAGGCGCAGGAGUGUGGAGGUGGAAGAGGUGGUGGAGGAUGAAGGGGAGAGGGCAGACGGGGAGGAGAGUGAGGAAGAGAGCAGAGUGGAGCAUGGGGAAGGGUUUGAAGGGAGGGAUGGAGAUGAGAAGGAUGAAGUUUCAAGGGGGGAAGGCGAGGAAGAUGAAGGGGAAAUUAAAAGAGGAGGGAAAAGAACAGCAAGAAAGAGGGUUCUAGAAGACGAGGGAGUGGAGGAAGAGGAGGAAGGAGGCAGUGGGAGGAGGCGGAGGAGGGAGAUGGACGAGGAUGGCAAGGACUAUGGAGACGAGCAGAGUGUGGGUAAGAAGAGGAGAGGAAGGAGUAGUAGUACGGGUGACGGAGAGGGGGAUGAGGAGGUUAGUGUUGGUGGGAAGAGAGGGAAGCGAAGUGGGCGAGGCGAGGAGGUGGAGGAGGAGGAGGACGGGGGAGAAGUGGAGUCUUUGGGUGCUGGGAAGAGGAGGAAAAGGGUGGGGCGGAAGAGAGAAGUGCGAGAUGAUUUGGAGGGAGAGGGAGGAAGCGAGGGAAGGCGCGAGGAGGAGGCAGGAGAAAGGGACAGAGAGGGCGGUGUGAGAGAGAAGAAGAGACGGGUUGGUUCGAGUACCACGGUGGGGAAGAAGGUCAGGGCGAGAAAGGGAGGGAGAGGGGCUUCUGAGGUGGGAGAUAAGGACUUGGCCGCACUGGAGCAACAGCUCGAUGAAAUGGAUGAGAUGAUUCGAGAUGCUGGUGGGGAGGAGGAGGAGGAGGGGGCGGACGGUGAGAUGGAACGGGACGAUGGAGAGACGGGCAGAGGGAAGGGUGCUGGUGAGCGAAGGAAGGGAAGGAAAAGGCGAAUGGAUGAUGAAGGAGAGGUGGAGGAAGGGGGAGGUGAAGAGGUAGAGAGAGGGGUAGAUGGGGAGGGUAGGGGGAAUCGUGAGGAAGUCAGGCGAGUGAGAAUGGAAGUGGACGAGGAAACGGUGAGAGAAGAAGGCAUGAAAGAGAAGGAAGGAGGGGAACAGGAUGAAGGUGUGAAAGAAGAGGAAAGUGGGGAGAGGCGAGAGAGGGAGAAGGCAGAGGAAAGAGUGAAAGGGGAUGACGGAGAGGAGGGGGGAGGGGGGGAAGAGGAAGUGCGGGAGAAUAUGGUUAAGAGGAAGAGUGUGAGGGAAGACGAGGAAGAAGGGAAGGAUGAAGGAGGGGAUGUGGAGAAAACAGUGAAGGAGGAUCGAGAAGGGAGAAGUGAUGAAAAGGAGGUAAGGGAGGAAACCGUUGAAGAGGAGGAGAGUCAGAAAGGAACGGAAGUUGGUGAGGGGAAAAUGCGAGAGGAGAGUCCCAGAAAAAGGGUGACUGGGAGACAGGAGCGUGUGAGAGAGGAAGGUGUGGAGCACGGUGGUGAGGUUGGGGAGAGUGAGGGAGGAGAGGAGAAGGAAGCAGUGGUGAAAGGGAAGAGUAUUUCACAGGACGAGGAAUCGGAGCAGGAGAGUGGGAAGCGGAGGGCUGACCAGGAGAGGGAGACGGGGGAGGCAGCAGAAGAGGGUGAUGGUGAGGGAGGGAGGGGGCAAGGCAAUCGUGGGCGUGUUGAGCAACCCUAUCAUGAUGCGGGGAAUAGGGUUGUGAGGAAGAAGGGGAGAGACGAAGAGAGCGAGGGAGACAGUGAGGAAGACCGUGAGGCAGAGAGCAAGGCAGAGAGGGAGGGAGGGGGUGAGGAAGAGAGGGAGGGAGAGAGCGAGGGUGAUGGUGAGGGUGCCGCUGUGAGUAACAGAUUUGUGAAGCGAGGUGGAGGGAAGAGUGGGAGCAGGCGUGGGGAAAGUGGUGAAGAGAGGGAGGGAAGGCGAGGGGAUAACGAUGAUGAUGAUGUCGAAUUGGCGGAGGGCAAGAGUGGAACGGUUAGCACCGAGCAAGAAGCACGGAGAGAAUUGGAUGACGGAGGUAGGGAUGAGCUGGAAGAGUCAGGAGAAACGAAGAAGGGUGGAGAAAAGGAGGAGGAGGAGGGGAAGGAGGGGAGGGAGGAGGUGAAGGAGGAGGGGAAGGAGGAGGGGAAGGAUGUGGCCCGGGAGGAGGAUCUAGAGGAGCUGGGCGUGCAGCGUACGAAAGUGGAGGUGGGGGAGGAGGCGAGGGUUGUAGAGGACAGUGACCUGGCUGCUGUAGCUGACCCAGUCGUGGAGAUGCGUGAAGGAGGCGAGGGGCAGGGGGUGAUGAGUGAGGCGAAGGGGAGGAAGAAGCAUGGAGGAGACGAGGAUGGAGAAGAGGAGGUGGGGGGGAGUGUGGAUGAAGGUGCGAAGAGGGUGGGGAGGCAGGGUGCGGAAGAGAGGGGAGAGCGUGGGGAAGAGCUGGAAGAGGAGGGUAGUGGCGAGGAAGUGAGGAAAGGGGCUGCAAUGGAGAAGAGGGGAGGGGAGGAGAGUGUGAGAAAGACUGUGAGGAGGACUAAGGGUGGACGCGAGGAAGAGGUGGAGGAAGGUGAUGAGAAGGUGGGGGUUGAUGUGAGAGAGGAAGGGGAGAGUGGUGGGGAGAGGCGUGGCAAAGGGGAAGCAGAGGAUACGGAGGAUGGAGAGGAGGGGGAACCGGGGAAAGAGGGCCGAAAGAAGGCGGAAGGAAAGAGAGAGGAGCAGGAGGAUGGGGGUGACGAGGAGGACGGGCAUGACAAGGAUCGGCAACAAGCAGGAGCGAGAGAGAAAGGGCACGAGUUGGUGGAUGAGAAGGAGGGGGGUGUGAGUAUGGUGGUGACGAAGAGUGGGAAGGGAGGAGCCAGCAAGAAAGAAGAUGCGGAUUCUGAUCAGGGUCGUGCGUUGGUGGAUGCUGGCACGAGGGGGAAGGUGCAGCAUGGGGAUGCGAGUAAAGCGGGGGAGGAGGAAGGCGAAGGAGACAGAGAGAUUAAGGAAGAGAAGGAGCUGAAGACGGAGAAGGGAAGGGUGGAGGAAGAGAGUGAAGCGGGUGAUGAUGCGAUGGGGAAGAAGUUGGAGAGGGAUAUCGGGGGAGGAGUGGAGGAACAAGAGGAGGAGAAGGGGGAGAAGGAGGAGGAAGAAGGGGAGGAGAAGAAGCAAGAAAAGGUGGAGGCGGGGGAGAAAGGAAAAGGGGAGGAGAAAGAGGGGGGCAAUGGGCUGAAGGAGGACGCGAGGGAGGUUGUUAAGAAGGAAGGUGAGGGGAUGGAAGGUGGGGACAAGAAGGAUGAGGGGAAGGAGGAUGACGGGGGGAAUUCUGAAGGGGGGAGUGAUGCUCAAGCCAAGAAAGAUGUGGAAAGCGAGAGUGUGAGAGAGCAAGAGUCAGUUGGUGAUGGGGCAAAUAACGAGACGGAGGAGAAGGAAGAACAGCGGGAGGAAGAUAGAGAGGAGAGACGCGGCAAGGUGGGUUCGGUGGGAGGAAACGGUGAUGGAGGGAUGGACUCUGAGGAGGCUAUGGACGGGAGUGGUUUAACGAGCGGUGAUACCGCCAACGGUGACAGUAAGGGCAUACGGGAAGUGGUGGGUGCAACAACCAGGGAGGUGACGACAGGGGUAGGUGCCACACCUGAGCAACCACGAGAAACAGAAGCAGCAGGGGCAGAGGCGGGCGCAGAAGCGGGAGGAGCAGGAGGAGGAGGAGUCGGGGCAGGUGAAGCAGGAGAUAUUUCUGUGGCUGGAGUUGCAGUGGAAGCUGGUGAAGCAGCAGCAGCAGCAGCAGCAGGCAGCAGCAGUGUCCGCAGCAACACGAGUGUCACUGAUAAGCACUCCUCUGAUACUAGUACUUUGCACCAGGGUGCUGAUGGUGAGGUAGGUGGUGACGAGAGAGCGAAUGCUGGUGGGGAUGCUGCUGGUGCCGCCGUUGCUGGUGCUGCGAAAGAGGGUGGGAAGGAGGGUGGGGAAAGUGCAGGGAACUCUGCAGCUGAUGGGUCCUUGGCUUUGGCUGCUAAUGCAUCUGUUGAUGAUAUGGUUGGGGGAGAGGGGGUGGAUAAAGAUGAGGCUCCUAGCGUGACAAGCAGCAGCAAGGAUGGAAGCAGCAGCAGCGAAGACACAGAUAUUGCACUGAGGGGUGCAAGUGCUGCAGAUCCCAGCACCACACCAGGUGUGGUCACAGGCGCUGCUGGCCUGUUGCAGCCACAGGGCGGUGAUGGGGAGAAGGAAAAGGGAGCAGGUGGAGUGAGUGCAGGUGAAGAGGAGGCAGGCGGAGAGGGGGCAGGCGGGGACAAGGUAGAGGAGAAAUUGAGUGGGAAGCAUGGUGAUGGGAAUGGAGAAGGAGAGGAGAGCAAAGGUGGCGAGGUAGGUGUGGGCAGGGAUGCGGUGGGUAAAGCAGAGGCAGAAUCGGCUCAUGAGAGUGUGGAACGGAGGGAAGAUUUAGAAACGACUGGCGGAGGUGGGAAGGUGGAGAAGCAGGAGACGGAAGAAGGGGUCAAGAGCCAGGUGGGGGAGACAUUGGCAACAGGAAAGACAAAGAAGAAGAAGACGACAAGCAAGGUGAAGAAGACAGGGGAAAGCAGUGGGAAGCAGGGAGGAGAGGAGAAUGUGACGGGAGGAAGCAGCGAGCUUAAGGAGGGUGCAACGGACGGUGAGUCGAAGGGUGAUGGCAGCAAGACUGGUGGGGGGAAUGAAGAGGAAGGACCUGGCAGUCAGGAAGAGGGGCUAGGAAAAAGAGGAGGAGAAGGAGGAGGGGAGGAGGAAGGAGGAGUGGCGGGUUCGGUGGAAGGUGUUGGGAAGCAGCAUGUGGCAGGUGGUGAAAGUGGUGGUGGGGAAAGCAGUGACGGAAAGGGAGAGAGUGAGUUGAUGAGAGACGGUGUAGCUAGCAACGAUGGCUCACAAGUUGCAGAGGGGUCCAGGAGAAAGAAGAAAACCAAGACGAAGAAGAAGAAGAGCCGCAAGACCCUGGAGUCGUAG